ACCUGUAAUACCGCCGUCUAUGUGCACAAGUUGCCAUGCAAAUUUGAUUACAAAUGGCGGUCUCCCUAUAAAAAAAAAUACAAAAUUGGCGUUUUUACUAUUUGAAGAGUAAACCGUUUCAUUGCCUAUUUAUAACUUACAACGGAACAAUGCCUGAAUUAGAUGACGAUGGUGGUAAAUUUAAAGCUCGAAACAAAAAGAAAAUUGAGGAGAGAGACUUAAAGAAAAUGGCACCUCAACUCAGGAGUAAAUACCUUGCUUAUGAAGACCCUUCAAAAGAUGUUGCAGAGCAACAAGCCAAUGCUGCCAAACGCCUUAUAGAAAAGAAAAAGAAAUAUCAAAUGGACAAUGCGCCACCGUCUGACGAGGAAAUGCAAGAGAAAGACAAACAUGAAAAACUCAUCGGACAACUUAAGGCUGCUGAGGCAAGAAAUAGGUUGAGAAUUAUGAGACUCCGGUAUCAGUCUAGCAAGGCACAAGAAAUUAGUCAUUUGAUAGCAUGUCAGCCUACAGCCUUGAAGGCUGUAAGAUUACAAGCUCUUGUCCCUUCUUACCCAGACACUAAAGACAAGGGUGAUGCCCUUGAUAAACUUGAUCGUGAACGAGUGGAAAAUCUUUUGGAGGACUCGAAAGGUCUCCUUGUUAACAGAAUCAACUGAUGUUCAUAUCAUUUAGAUCAUAGUUCACCAUAUUCAUUUUCCACCAUCACAAAUUUUCAACAAUACAAUGUAUACAUGUACUUCAAUUACUGCUUCACUUUGUGAUAUGUGGUUUUUGUUUGUUAUAAUUAUUCCAUUGUCAAUUUCGAUAUUGUGAUUUUGAAAAUAUUAAAUUGGUCGUCAAGAAGGCACUGACUAAGAAUUAAGAGAUUUUGUUAUUAAAGCAAUUUUUUUUUAGGUCAGUGACUGGCUUUUUGAGAGAUAAAUGAGCCGCGUCACGACAAAACCAACAUAAUGGGUUUGCGACCAGCAUGGAUCCAGACCAGCCUGCGCAACCGCGCAGUCUGAUCAGGAUCUAUGCUGUUCGCUAUCAGUUUCUCUACUUGUUAUAGGGUUUGUAAGCGAACAGCAUGGAUCCUGAUCAGACUGCGUGGAUGUGCAGGCUGGUCUGGAUCCAUGCUGGUCGCAAACCAAUUAUGUUGGUUUUGUCGUGACGUGGCUCAAAUAUAAGUGGUGGUUAUACUAGGGUAUGUGCCUCUAUACUUUGGCAUUAUGGGUUUGAGCUCCCAAGGUGUGCCUCUCCACUUUGGCAUUAUGGGUUUGAGCUCCCAAGGUGUGCCUCUCCACUUUGGCAUUAUGGGUUUGAGCUCUCAAGGUGUGCCUCUCCACUUUGGCAUUAUGGGUUUGAGCUCUCAAGGUGUGCCUCUCCACUUUGGCAUUAUGGGUUUGAGCUCUCAAGGUGUCACAACCAUUUGUUUUCUCAUACAUGUAGUUGUAGCAGGCAGAAUCGAGUUCCUACAAUACAAGCUCUUAUGUAACAAUCAUGCUGAAACAAAUUAUGUUUAAACUUAAAUAGCGAUUAUUUUAAUCAGAUGUUAUAAAUUGCAUUUAGACAUGAUCUUUCAUUGCUACGAUCAUUAUAUAUAUAUAUAUA